CAGAUUGUAUGUAGCCUUUGUGACAUAUAGUCGAGCUCUGCUCCAUAACUCGAUAUAUCGCCCUUCAAAUGGCGACUGAAAUCAAUUAGGAGGUAGGGUAAGUUGGUGGCUUUAAAGGUCUGGUUUUAGCCCACUAGAAAAACUAUGUUCAGCAUCACGGCUGCUAUCCAUUACGUCCCCUUCUAGUCUUGAAAGCCCACGGGACCUAAUUAUAGUAAACGUGCGGCACGUUCAUCCUGUUAGUUCGAAAACCACGAGCUAUUCCACAAGACUGGUGAGACAACCGAUUUCGGGAGUGUCUUGGACUCAACGGGGAGGAAGCAGGAAAUGCCACUCAAUAGCAGGGCGACAGGCAUCCAAAUUGCGAGGGUGAUAGAAGGCCCUAAGGGAGGUCAUUUCUCUUUCGAUAUUGUCAAGGUAGAACAUAGCAUGCCUUGGUGUAUUCCAGAGAUAUUGUUGCCCGAGGUGCCGUUCGCGAUAUUGGUUGUUCCAGAAGAAGCGGCGCUCCUUGGAUGUUUGAGCCCCUUGUCACAUGAAACAACUAUGCCGCAUCAGGCCUACCUCCGCUGCGACUCUGAAUUCCUCCUGUCGCUUCAACCUCCUCCCCGAGUCUCCUCAUCUUCUCCGCCAGCAUCCUCGGCCAACACUCAGGGCAUCGUUAGCAAUGUACUGUUGAGCAACCGCCUCUAAAAGCAUACGGGCACUACAAUUCUUGUCCGAUGGCCAGAAAUAGCAGAAUAUACUUGACAGGACUCGGCUCGCCUAUCCGCGGCCGCUGUCCCCUGGUCCAGACAAACGUGGAGUUUCGUCCGGCGCCUACAAGAAACUGGACCACUCUCAUCCUGGCACACAGAACGGGACUGGUUGACGUCCACAGCAGCCCUAGUGCGAGGAAUAGACAUACACAAUGUACAGUUCGGCGGCAUCGGUGUGCUCAACCAAUGUGAUUGAUACCCAUUCUGCAUUCGUCAUUCGAAAGCAGACGUUAUGCUUUCUCUAGCAAAUGAUGAGACACAUUUGCCUUCAUGAGAGUCCGGCGUCAAACCCUUAAGGGCCCCCCGUGUUUAGCUUCAUACCCUGGUCCCUACUGUACUCGCAGACACUAACCUCAAUUGUUGGCCAGAUGGGUACUCCAACACAACUGCUAAACUCCUUUUGGAGAGUCUACUGGCCACCUUUGGAGAAAAAUGGGGAAGUGGAGAAUGUUUUGAGUCUUGCAGACUAGCUCCUCCAUGAUCGUCUUUAGGGAAAAUCCUCGCGCGGGAGCAAUAUGGUUUGAACCAACCCAUCCCGAGAUCAAUAUACCUUGCUCGCCCUUCUCCUCUUCAUUCAUGUUUUUGCUCCGUUGUCCUUCCUGCCGGCCUUCUGAUUUUCCACAAUGCAUGCUCUUUAGUCACUCCUUUUAUUCUUUAUUUUUGUUAUAUUAUUAUACUAUGAACCUCACUAUUUGAAAAUAUACUUUUCGUCGAUCGUUGCUCAUAGCUGGAGUCCGCUGGCAGCCCAAAGUUUUUGGCAAAGACUAAACCUUCCUUUUGCUAAAAAAGGAUUUUUUUUUUCUUAACGCGCCUUGCGGAACAAAGACAUUCAUAAAACCAACGAUCUUUAACCCACGCGGUCUUUUUCGUUCUUGAGUCCCACGAAAGGAUUGAACAUAUUUUCUUUGACAAAACACACCACAUUUAUCCCAUUCGGAAGCCAGUCCGUUCUGUAGUAGCAGCCGCAGCUCUUAACGAGAUUCGCGGAGCGUGGAGACGCCUAUGUUCUGCAGGCUGUCCGAAGAGAAUGAUCGAUAUGUCGUCCAAUGAUAUAGACUAUAGUCAGGUCGGGCCAAGAAACUCGUUACCAUCAACCCUCAUUUCAUCCAUGGGGUUUCCACCGCCAACUCCGGGAAGUAGCAUACAAGUGAACAAUAUUGAUUUUGGUAAAGUGUUAGAGGAUGGGAAUAUGGCCACUAGGAACAUGACAAACACUACAUUGAAUUCGUGCGGACCCAGAGCCUGGGAUAUAGACAACCAACCUAAUCCUAAGACAAUAAAUGACAGCGUUUAUUCUCUGCCAUACACACCCCAGUUCCACAAAACACCAGCUUGUAAACCCUACGAGAUUCGGAUGCCAUCACAGUACGUUAUGCCCGCUGAGUUUGGAACGCCACCGGGGUUGUUGGGAAUCAACGCUCUGGACGAUCGCUUUGAUGAUCAACAUUUAGUAGAGGAGUUGUCUACAUUUUCGGGGAUUGAUCACAAUCCGCCUUUGUUCCCGAGCCAGCUUUCCCAGUCCCAGAAUGUUACGGCUGGGAGCAGAAGACUUAACCUGCUUCCAGAGCACCAGCCUCUUACGCUUGAUACAAACAUUGUUACUCGCCCUCUAACAGACUCGUAUUUCUCCCAAUCCAGCAACACCGGAUCUUUCGACUUCACUGAUCUUUCUGCAUUUUCUGAAGUUCCCUCAUUCGCCUCUGCCAGUAGUUCUGACUACACGCCGAGAAGUUCGCUUCUAUCUUCUACGCCGCUUUCCCCCAUACCAUCCCCGAGACAUACACUGCCAGAACUAGUUCGCGGAGGGAAUCGGGCAAGAGCGUCGCCAUCCCCUCGUGCAAGCGUUCGAGCACCUCCACAUAGUUUUGAUGGUGUCCGCAAACGAUGGUCGACAGGCUCCUCCGGACCCCGUCCUAAUCGUGUUACGUCUCCAUUUUUAACGCAUAAUCAUGCCGGCGGAUCAGGUCUUCCAUCUCCUUCAAUGAGACAAAACCGCAGUGUUCCCUCGAUGGAUUCCUCACGGCAACAGCCAAGAAGUAGAAACUUGGUGCACUUUCAGGGCAAUAACAAUCUACUGCCUUCGAAUUUUGACGCGAACGCCCGUUUCAGAAAUCCUGCCUCGCUCGCCUCUCAGGGAGUGUUUAGAACCUUACAGAGUGACACUGUCCCCCACCAGCAUUAUUUUGACCACUAUUCCGAGUUUCCUGGGCCACCCGAUUUGCUAGGACCGCUAAAGGAGGAACGAGUGCUUCCACCCCCUGAGGAUAUGAUGCCAAGCGAUCCGAGCAUGAAACCGUAUGAACAAGAUCUUCGAUUCGAGAACGAUUUGUAUACACCAAAGUGGGUUCGAGGGCACGGGAAUAAACGUGAGGGCUGGUGCGGGAUUUGCAAGCCUGGCCGUUGGCUUGUGCUCAAGAACUCUGCCUUUUGGUAUGACAAAAGCUUUACGCAUGGAAUCAGUGCGCCCACAGGGCAAGCAUUUGCACCUCCAAAAGACACGAGGCGCACAGACGGAAAUACAAAUGUUUGGGAGGGUCUCUGCGGGAACUGUGACGAGUGGAUAGCUCUAGUGAGCAGCAAGAAAAAGGGUACCACCUGGUUUAGGCAUGCAUACAAGUGCCAUAACCAUCCAAAGAAUGAAACCCUCAAACGGCACCGAGAGAACACUCCAAGCAACGGUAAUCCGCCAACUCCGGAUUCCCGCCCCAGAUCGUCUCCCCAAACAGUAACGCGGAAAGUAGAGCCAGCAACUUCAACGAAGCCCUCUCCAGCGCCUGAACUUCCUGGAGGAGGACCAAAGAGUCUUUCGCCGUUGCAUACAGUAGCAACAAGGAUGUGAUGAAUUUCGUUUCCUUUACCUUUCUUUUUUCUUGAUUUUUUCUUCCUUUUUUUUUAUUUUUUAUUUUUUAUUUAAACUUAUACUAUUUAUUACAUUGAUAUCUCAUUAUAGAUUCUAGUUGCUUUUCUUCAUCUAUUUUACCUUCCUCCCAUCUCCCUAUCAGACUUCCCAAUUACAGGCUGCACAGCUUCCCCGUCAGCUUCCCACGAGGUCGUCGAAGAAUCCUGUUAUAUGCCUGGGUGCACUGUAUUUUGGUAUCGUUGGACACAUAACUUGGGCUCCCUGAUGUAUCUUCACAGGAAUUCCUAGUAGGAUGGCUUGUGAGAAGGGGUGAUGUGGUUGUAGCUGGGAUAAGGGUUGACUCAUUUCAUCCUCUUCUGCUCCUCAUCUAUCGUUGUUUUAUGGCUAGCAGGCUAGGGAUUUUCCUAUCUAUUCUCCUUAUUUGCUCGCUUAUAUAGGAUGAUUUUUUUUUUUCUUUGCUGGGUGUUUGCUCGAGGCGUCUGAAAAUAUAUAUGAAAAAAGAGUGAUAUUGAUCUGCUUUGUUUGUUCAGCAGGGAGUUAGUUGGUCUGUUAUUAUUCUCAACGCGGUAUCCAGGAAAUCAGGAGAGCACAUUCAUUAUAAUUAUGAUAAGAAUACCAAAUACGGAGUACAGUCUUCUCAACGGUCUGUAUCGAAGUCGGGAAUUGUGCUCAUGAUUCAUCUCAGGGGGCGCUAAAUACUCACAUAUUUA